GCCCUUCGACGAUUCUGACUGGCCCACUGAAUUUCGGGGUGCAAAUGGUUCCCAGAAAUUAAUGAACAUCACGUCCUCAUUUGCCAAUCAGCUCCUGCUAGUUUCUCUGCUGGAGCAUCUUUGCCACAUAUACACUCAAGAUCCUACACGUUCGAGGCGUUUGUUUCAAUUACUCUGUAAAACAUUUACUCAGAUGCGCUUGCUUUCCGAUUUCGCCGUCUGUGAAGAAUUCAGCAGUUUGCGACUGCAGCAUAAUCGAGCUAUUACUGAACUAAUGAAAGCCGCCAACAAGCAAAUACACAGUGAGGAAGUUGGUCUUGGUGAUUCCUGCAGAAACAGGGAAAAUGAAAUCCUCUUUGAAGCACAGACAUCCCGCUAUGUUAAUGAAUUUGAUGAGAUUUCGAGGCUCGGAAAAGGAGGAUAUGGAACAGUAUAUAAGGUCAGAAAUAAACUUGAUAGUCAAUUCUACGCGAUUAAAAAAAUCCUGAUUAAGAAAGCCACGAAACGAGAUUGCAUGAAGGUCUUGCGGGAAGUGAAGGUCUUGGCUCAGCUGCAGCAUCCUAAUAUUGUAGGUUACCACACUGCUUGGAUGGAACAUGUUCAACCAACAGGUCCAAAAGGUGACUCAGUCUUGGAUCUUCCAUCUCUCAAAAUGUCUUCUGGGCAAGGAAAUUCUGAGGAUCAGAGUUCCAUUCAAGAAAUGGAAGACAGUUCCAUUAUCUUUGCCAAUGGGAGCCCAGAGGAUUCUCUCAGCAGAAACUCUGAAGGAAGUGAAAUGAAUGCUUGCGCACUUCCUCUAGGGACACAUGAGAGCAGUGGCGAAAAUGACAUGACCAGCAGAUUAAGGGACAGCAUAAAUCAGUCAUCAAUCCUAUAUUACAGUAGUCAAAAUAGGGACCAUGCAAAUGCCAGUGAUUCUCGCAGCGAUGAAGAAGAUCUGCAGAAGGAGAUGUCUUGGCAUCAGCCCUGUACAACCGAGUAUCACCUGAUGCUUCACAUACAAAUGCAACUGUGUGAAACCUCCUUAUGUGACUGGAUUGCUACCAGAAAUGACAUAUGUCUGAGGGCAGCAGAUGCCUCUAGUUCUUAUCACCCUAUUGAGAAACACUGGACAUUAAAGAUUUUCCAAGAGCUGCUAGAAGGAGUGUAUUAUAUCCACAGUAUGGGAGUCAUGCACCGGGACAUUAAACCCCGAAAUAUCUUUCUACAAGGACCUGACCACCAUGUGAAAAUAGGAGACUUUGGGUUAGCCUGUAGAGAUAUUAUAGAGGAAGAUACAACCCACUUGCUACAUGCAGAGAAAAAUAAUGCAUUCAUCCAUACCUCCGGAGUAGGCACUUGCCUGUAUGCUUCACCUGAACAACUCCAAGGCUCUUACUAUGAUUUCAAGUCGGAUAUGUACAGCUUGGGUGUCAUCCUGUUUGAACUCUUCCAGCCAUUUGGAACAGAAAUGGAGAGAACAGAAGUUUUGAUGGGCUUAAGACGUGGCAGCCUCCCGUUUUCUUUUAGUGGAAGAUGGCCAAUACAGUCCAAAUAUGUGAAGCUGCUGACCAGCAAUGUAUCCUCACAUAGACCAACAGCCAUUCAGCUUCUGGAAAGUGAACUCUUCCAUAACUCAGCAAAUGUCAUUUGUAUUCUUCAGCAGAAAGUAAUGAAGCAAGAAGAAGAAAUCAAACUGCUUAAAGAAAAAAUUAAAUUACUUUUACAAGAGAGGGAUGAAAGAGACAGAAUUAAGCCACUUGGCUCUCCUGUUUAAGUGAACCAAAGGUAACGAAUACCUCAAGAUGAACAGCAAGCAACAAACAUCUUCAAAUACCUCAGCCUUUCCUUCUCCAUCUUGCGUCAUAUUUAAAAGAUUUAUGUAGCCACCCAACCCAACUGCAACUCCAAGCAGUAUACAUCAAAUAAAGAUCACCCCCCCAAAUAAUGGUGCAAAUAAAAACAUCCAAUGUCAACAAAAACAAACCCAUCAACCGUAUCAACAACACAAAGCUGAGACUCACCAAUCAUACACUAUCUCCUGGAAGAUGGGUUCAGUUAUCAUCCUGGCCCAAUACUUAGAGCGAAAGCCAGAUUUUUAAAUUCCCCUAAAGGCUAAGUGGAUCAGGGCCAUCCAAAUCUUGGGGGGGAGGAUCCUUCCAAAAGGCAGACACAACAACAGAAGGUGCAUCUUCACCUUAGAAAGCUUGCAGCUACAUCAAAACUGCCCUAUGAUUCUCUUUCUAGCUAAGGCAAUGUCCUUGAAGUAGACAGGGAGUGCAUGGAUGUGCCACUCUUCGUGUUUUGAGUUCUUCCAAAGAUAAUGCUAGCUAUGCUUAGCUGUCAGAUUCGGUUCAGAAUGACAAAUAGCUGAGAUAAUAAUUCAGCAAGAACAGCCCAAGCUAACAUUGCCAAAGUAUUCACUGCAACACUGAGUCUAAUCAGUGCAGUUCCUCCUGUCACUACAUUGCUCAGGUACCCUCAACGCUUUUCAAACAAUGAUUUCUCCAAUUCAUAACCACAGGUAAAAUCUCAUUGCAUCUACUUCAAAGGGAUUGAAUUUAAGGCCAGUAAGAACUGGCAGUGUGCUUGUUCUAUAAUUCAUUACAAGUUAAUUUCAUCAUUUUAAUUGUAUUAGCUGGGUAAAGGAAUCUUUAAAAGGGCAUUUUCAAACUACCUUCUAAGAAGCAGGAUAGGAAGAGUAUUGACGCCUUUGAAUUAUGGUGUUGGAGAAGACUCUGAGAAUACUGUGGAUAG